CAUGUCUUCCACUGUUUUCGCCUCCCACUUCUUCUUAAACUGUUCCUCAGUUUAAUCUUCUUCUCCUUCAAUCUUUUUCUCAGGGCAAAGAAAAGAAAAGAAAAGAAGCUUCUUUUCUCUGCUACUUCAGAAAAUGGUGCUUGAAGUGUUUUUUGUUCUUCUUUUCUUUCCAGUUUUCGUUUUUUCUGUGAACCAGGAAGUUCUGUAUCUCCACAGUGUGAAAGUCGGGUUGGACGACCCGGAUGGGGUGCUUUCGGGUUGGAAUGACGGCGACGAGUCGCCGUGUAAGUGGUUUGGGGUUAAAUGUGGCGGGUCGGGAAUGGUGACGGGUCUGGAUCUUUCGAAUGCGAAUGUUGGUGGGUCUUUCCCGGAGGUUCUUUGCCGGCUUAAAGAUUUGAGCUUUGUGUCGUUUUAUAACAACUCGAUAGGCUCGACGAUUCCGGAGGGGUUGUCGGGUUGUAAAGCUAUGGAGCAUCUUGAUUUGGCGGAGAAUUACUUGACUGGGUCGCUUCCGGAUGUUUUUUCGGAGCUUCCCAACUUGAAAUACCUUGAUUUGAGCGGGAAUAAUUUUUCCGGCGACAUUCCGGCGAGUUUUGGAAGGUUCCAGAAGCUUGAAGUGUUGGGGUUGGUUGAGAAUUUGUUGGAGGGGACGGUUCCCGGUUUUCUCGGAAAUGUUUCGAGUUUGAAGCAAUUAAAUCUGUCGUACAACCCGUUUUCUCCGGGUCGGAUCCCGCCGGAGCUGGGGAACUUGACGAAUCUGGAGGUUUUAUGGCUUAGCUACUGUAACUUAAUCGGAGAAAUUCCUGACUCGCUGAGUCGGCUCACUAAACUCACCGAUUUGGACCUUGCAUGGAACGAGCUGAGCGGGGCGGUGCCGAGUUGGAUCACUGAGUUGACCAGCGCGGUACAAAUUGAGCUCUUCAAUAACUCGUUAACCGGGGAGCUUCCGGCGAAAGGGUGGUCGAAAAUGACGGCGCUGAGGCUAAUAGACGCGUCGAUGAAUCAAUUGACGGGGGCGAUUCCGGCUGAGUUGUGCGAGUUGCCGCUCGAGUCACUCAAUCUCUACGAAAACCAGUUGGAAGGUAACUUGCCGGAAAGCAUUGCGAACUCGCCGAACUUAUAUGAGUUGAAGCUUUUCCGAAACAAGCUGAACGGAAGCUUGCCCAAAAAUCUCGGUAAAAUCUCGCCUUUGCUAUGGAUAGAUGUUUCUGAUAAUCACUUUUCCGGUGAAAUUCCGGCAACUCUGUGUGAAAUGGGGGUUUUAGAGGAGGUUUUAAUGUUAGACAACUCAUUUUCCGGCGAAAUUCCGGCGAGUUUGAGCCAAUGCCGCAGCUUACAACGGGUGAGAUUUGCGCACAACAAAUUUUCCGGCAACGUUCCGGCGGGGUUUUGGGGGUUGCCCCAUAUAUCCUUGCUUGAGCUGGCAGACAAUUCAUUUUCCGGCGAAAUCUCAAAAACCAUCGCCGGAGCUUCAAAUUUAUCGUCUUUAGUUUUAUCAAAGAACAAAUUUUCCGGUACCAUUCCGGAGGAGAUUGGUUUUCUUGAAAAUCUUCUUGAUUUUCUGGGCAAUGAUAAUCAGUUUUCCGGGCCUUUACCGGCGAGCAUUGUGAAUCUUGGGCAGCUGGGAAGGUUUGAUCUUCACAACAAUGAAUUAUCCGGUUCACUUCCGAACGGUAUUCGUUAUUGGAAGAGAUUAAAUGAAUUGAAUCUUGCAAAUAAUGAUCUUUCUGGGAAUAUUCCUCUGGAAAUUGGUAGUUUGUCUGUUUUAAACUAUCUUGAUUUAUCAGGAAACCAGUUUUCAGGUAAAGUUCCAAUGGAACUACAAAAUUUGAAGCUGAAUCAACUGAACUUGUCGACUAAUCGCCUUUCUGGCGAUAUUCCGCCUUUGUAUGCGAAGCAAAUGUACAAGAACAGCUUUCUGGGGAAUCCCGGGUUGUGUGGAGACAUCGAGGGGUUGUGUGAUGGGAGAGACGAAGGCAAACAAUCGGGUUAUGUUUGGUUGCUGAGGUUAACGUUUGUGUUUGCGGGUUUGGUGCUUAUCGUGGGAGUGGCUUGGUUCUAUUGGAAGUAUAGGAGCUUCAAGAAAGCGAAAAGGGCUAUUGAUAGAUCGAAAUGGAGCUUAAUGUCUUUCCAUAAACUGGGUUUCGAUGAGUACGAGAUAUUGGAUGCCCUUGACGAAGAUAAUGUCAUUGGGAGCGGGCUAUCCGGGAAGGUAUACAAGGUUGUCUUGAGCAACGGAGAGGCGGUGGCUGUGAAAAAAAUCCAGACGAACACGAAGGUGCAAGACGAGAGUAGUGAUCUCGAGAAGGGCAAGUCUUCUCAAGGCGACGGAUUUGAAGCCGAGGUGGAGACGCUGGGGAAGAUCAGGCAUAAGAACAUCGUUAAGCUGUGGUGUUCUUGCGUCACGAGGGACUGCAAGCUGUUGGUGUACGAGUACAUGCCUAACGGUAGCUUAGGCGAUUUGCUUCACAGUAGCAAAUCCGGGUUGCUGGAUUGGGCGAUGAGGUAUAAGAUAGCCAUGGAUGCUGCCGAGGGACUCUCGUAUCUGCACCACGAUUGUGUGCCCCCGAUUGUGCACAGAGAUGUUAAGUCGAACAAUAUCCUGCUCGAUGGCGAUUUUGGAGCUCGAGUCGCUGAUUUCGGUGUGGCUAAGGUGGUCGAUGGAAACGAGAAGGGCACUAAACCAAUGUCUGGCAUUGCGGGUUCUUGUGGUUACAUUGCACCAGAAUAUGCAUACACGCUUAGGGUGAACGAGAAGAGCGACAUAUACAGCUUCGGGGUUGUUAUUUUGGAGUUAGUGACAGGAAAGCGCCCAGUAGAUCCCGAGCUCGGGGAAAAGGAUUUAGUGAAGUGGGUAUGCACCACAUUGGACCAGAAAGGCAUAGACAAUGUGAUUGAUCCAAAACUCGAUUCCUGUUUCAACGAAGAAAUCUGCAAAGUUCUGAACAUCGGCCUCCUCUGCACCAGCCCUCUCCCGAUCAACCGGCCCUCCAUGAGACGCGUGGUGAAGAUGCUGCAAGAAGUAGGCGAAUCGGGGAAGCAGCAGCCCAAGGCGGGCUCGAAGGAUGGGAAGUUAACGCCUUACUACUACGAAGAUGCGUCGGAUCAUGGAAGCACAGCAUAGAAUGGAUCCUUUGAUUCUCUUCUCCAUCUGCUAACUACCCAGUUUUAUUCUCAGUCCCCACUUGGUCUGUGUUUUAAUUGCAUGAGUGUGAAGACAACAUGACAGAGAAUUGAAGUCAGACAGAGAAAGAGAGAGUAGAAAACUACUUGGAUAGUUGGAUUGAUUUGAUUGUAAAUUACUCAUCCCACAAAAUUUUCUACUGUUAACAAGUUUGAUCAACUAUAUGUAUUAAGCAGUUUCAAUUCAAUUCAUUCCAUAUCUGUAGUAA